CCACCCGUAUUGAUACAAGUAAAAAACCAAACACGCCCUUUUCUACAGUCGGCGACCUUCUCCAAUUCAAAUGCGAAGGGGAUAUUGGCAACCCUCCACAAAAUCUCUCCUGGCUGUGGAGACCUAAUUCUAAUUCUCCAUGGAGGGUUUACAUUCAUUCCGAGGAUAUAUCCACUGCUAUUGUUCGACCGCAUUUAGAAGGAUGCCAAUAUUCGACAAGAAGUUUCUUAAGUUAUACUGUGAAAGAUGACGAUAAUGGUAAACAAUUCCGAUGUACAGCCGCAGGCUUGGAAACUCAUAACCAGGACAUAACCAUCUAUUUAAAUAAGGUUGAUGCUAUCCAGAUUUAUAUUUCUCCGCCAGUUUUUAAACUAAACAAAACUAGUACAUCAACCAUAGAAUGUUCACUAAAAACGUCCUAUCUUAACCACAUAAUACAAUCAGUUGAAAUACAGAAACAGCCACUAAAAACAACAGAAUCUAGUAUUUUGUUAGGGUCUGUAGGCAACGGUACUGCUGUUCUUGGACCGGAUAUAUCACCCAACAAAUAUAGCCUUCAGAUGAUAUCCACAAGACCGGGUGUUUUUACUAAAGCAGUCUUGACAAUUAAACAACCAGAUUGUUCAGAUACAGGGCAAUACAGAUGUCUACUAAAGGUUUCGAACAAUGCGGGAAUUACUAACUUACAAGGUGAUUUUCACCUAAAUGCAACAGGUACACAAUCUAUGGUUGUUCGUCAACCGGAGCAAUCUGUGUAUCCAAGUCCUACCAGAAUUAGGCUGGAAUGUAGUGGUAUCGUAACAGACUGGUCUUGGCAAUGGCGACAUCCCGGAGACAGAUUAACAUGGCAGUCGUUUCCUUUUACUGAUAAUGUUACGGUUGAAAAAUUGUUAGAUCCCCGUGGAGACGGGACUACAUCAGUCUGUCAGGGUGAAACACGAACAGUCUUGACAUAUUUGACCAAGGCGCAAGAAAAUGGCGUACAGUUUCGCUGCACGUUUAGCGAAUCUGGUACCACAGCCACUACAAGAAUACCAUUUACAACUGUCUGUAUAGAACAGGAACCUACCAACCUGAAAAUGGAGGUGAUUAGAGACAUUGAUAACCGUCCAUCGUCAGUUGUAUGUAGUGGAGUUACUAGAAUUAUGCGUGAGGAGUGGCGAUGGGAAUGGCGAUCGCCCCCAUCUUACCCCAAUUGGUCAGCCUAUCAUAAUAGAAGUGAAAGUAGGAGAACACUCAACAAUAACAACUGUUCUUACUCUACCAGAUCAACUCUAAAUCUUACUACAGACACCGUAACAGAGCUGAGAUGUAUUUUAGGGAAUUCUUAUAAUCAAAGUCUUAAUCUCAAGUUUAACAUAACAGAUAGAGUUAAAGAUAAAGACUGUUCAAGCUGCGAGUGUAAAUUAAGGAAGGUAUACUCUACUUCCGGUAAACAUUGUCAGGACUUGUUGAGGCUUUAUAAAGAUUGUUUAUCAAUAGAAGACAUAAAUACGUUAGGUUGCCUUGCUACUGCCAGUGUCGGGGUUGGUAUAUUGACCCACUCAUCUGUUCUACUGCAUCUCGUUUCGUUUGUGGUGAUCUUCAAUUGUAGUUUCCGAGUUGAGAUUAAUUAAUAGAUCAAUAUAGAUAUUGUGAUAUGCAAAUAGAUUUGCAACUGGAAAGAAACGAUAUUAUUUUAUGUUAAAAUACAAAGUAGCUAAGCAACAGUUGAUUGAUAAUUAGUAGC